CAUUUUUCACCUUUGAGUUUUACAAGAAUCAUACACAGUCCUAGUUUCUUACUCUUCAUUUUAUCAUUGUCAAGUUACUUUUCAGGUUGAUGUUAGUACAUUUCAUAAUUAACAGCCCUUCCUGAGUUGAAGUGGGUGUGUUAGAGCUUGAAAAUGCUAAACUGUGCAGUGAAACAGUACUUGAAAGAGAAAAACAUCAGGGUUUAAGGUCCAAACCUAACCACUGGACUACUUUGGGACAUUCUGUUUGCUCAAUUGUUUGCAGAUUAGAGUCCUUUUACUGUUUGCAAAGCUUUCCUAUUGGGCAAAGUUUCAACCCUGUUUGUAUGUUUGCAGCACAUUUCUUCACUAUUUUAGUUCACUAGGUUCAGUUUCAUAUUUCUAUGAAGUUUUAUGUCUGAAAGCAUGUGGCUGAAGAAUGAAUCCUUAUAUUACUACAACUUGAGAACUUGUGAAAUUCUGACUGAUAUCUGCAACUAAAACACCAAUUCGACAAUAACCGUGAACCAACUGUUGAAGAACCUUAUCAGUUUUGUGUGUGUGUGUGUGUGUGUGUGUGUGUGUGUGCACAUGAGUGCAUGCUUGUAUAGACCUCAUGUUCUUGUAACAGCAAAAUAUAUUGGGAGGCGAAUGUGGCUAACAGAGCAGAGAUAAAGGCAAAAAGAGAAAAUCUGUCAGUAAUAAAGCAUUUGAGCAUUUAUUCAAUUGUGAUGAAGUUUCAGUUAUGGAGUUUCUUCUAUUUCAAACUGCACAGCUACUACCUGCUGACCAUCGCUGACCAAACAGUUUUCCAGUCUGAUCCACAAGCCAAGACCAUCUUUAUCCGGCCUAAACAUGCCAAUACAUUCUUUGUGGAGGAAAUUCUAAAGGGCCAUUUGGAAAGAGAGUGUUAUGAGGAAAGAUGCAACAAGGAGGAGGCCAGAGAGGUCUUUGAGGACAACGAGAAAAAGCUUUGACCUAGGAACUCCUCGUUCCGAGAAUUUGACACAAUUAGAUGGAGAUCAGUGUAAACCCAAUCCUUGUCAACAUGGUGGCACCUGUAAAGACAAGAUAGGAGGCUAUAGCUGCAAGUGUACUGACAUGUACACAGGACAUAACUGUGAAAACGAUGUUUCUGAAUGCCCUUCUGGAGGCCCUCUGGUUUGUGAACACUACUGCAGACCCUUACCUGAAUCAUACCGAUGCUUCUGCGCCAGAGGCUACAGCCUUAGAGCUACACACCUUGGGGAUCCAUGUGGGAAUGUCAGGGUCUCAUCUGACUCUACCAGUAGGAAUAUGACUCAAAAUGACCCCAUCUGCCCACAAGGAAAAUGUCCAUGGCAGGUGACCUUUGUAGAUGUCUUUGGUGAUGUAAUCUGUCAUGGCGUGAUCCUUGGAAGGAGGUCUAUACUCACUACAGCUGCAUGCAUGACAACAGACAAAGAUCUUUCCUUGAUCAUUGGCCACUCAAAUGAAAAGAUAAAUGCUUCUCAAGUGACCAAAAGGACUCUUCAUAAUAGGUAUUUGACUCUUGAUCCUGAUGACGACUUGGCUGAUUGCUUUGGGUCCGGGCACCAUCCAGCUCUGCCUCCCAGAAAAAAGACUUCAGAGAAAACAGCUUGAUGAAAAGUGGUAAGUGGGUGGAGCCAAUAAACUUUCAUACCUCUCACUGGACAUCUGCCAUUCCAAACUCAACCUGAGCUUCUGCUUGACCAAUAAGAUGUUUUGUGUGAAGGAGCGAGAGCCUGAAUGUAUUGUAAGGAGACUGUCACAACACAAAGAGCGUGAUCUUACAUCUGGGUCUCCUGUGGCCACAGUGGAAGGAAAUACAGCUUUCCUAACUGGACUGUUCCUCUCCCAAAAUGACUGCAGUCAGGAAUGCGUGUUCACCAAAAUUUUGAGAUAUCUACCGUGGAUCCGCAAACUUCUACUGAGAACCGAGGCAGUGCAACAUGACACAUUUUGGCAGAAGCUUAGUCUCCAGGAUGCAACUGUUUUAACAAGAUUACAUCAAUUAACCUGCUUUCAGAAUGAACCUGUUGUUUCAUUUUGUGCUAAAAU